GAUGUAAAUGAGGAGAUUGAAAGUGAUGUUCACAUGAUAGAAGCAGAUGUUCUUCUUCGUGGUGGCCAGGAAGGAAAUGGAGACCCUAUCAUGGCUCAUCCACCUGAAACAGACAGUGACAACACAUUGCAGGAAUGGCUGAAAGAGAUUGUCAACACGGAUAAAGGCAUCAAGCUGGAUUUUAAGAGCCUAGAAGCCGUACGGCCUUCCUUGGAGCUUCUUGGACACAUGAAGCACGACUUGAGGCGACCCAUUUGGAUCAAUGCAGAUGUCCUACCAGGACCUAAUGGCAGUAGCUCUGUAGUGGAUGCAAAGGGGUUCAUCGCCACUGUCACCUCAUUUUUCCCAAGUGUGACCUUGUCACUAGGGUGGACAACUGGCUGGCACCCUGACAAGCACAAUAAAGGGUAUGACUGGAUGAUGGUGAAGGAAAUGGCUCAGAUAUGCAACACACUUCCCCAGCCUGUAACUUUCCCUGUAAGAGCAGCACUGGUACGAGUGUCAAUAUCUGAGCUAUGCUGGUUAAUCCAGCAGUCGGAUAGGUACAGCCUCACUGUUUGGACAGGAAAGGAAGAUGUGUAUUUUGUAGAAGAUUUGCUUUACAUCCGAGAAAACUUUGAUAAAAGUAGGGUUUAUUAUGACAUUUUAGAGCCACAGAAUUCUGAAUUCAGAAAAGCCAUAGUAGAAUAG